GCACGACGCGCUGUGUUUGUGAAACCGAGCUGAACCGAGCUGUGCCGAGACAGACAGGAGACCGAGGCUUCGAGGAAACAAGAGAGGAGGCGUCAGUCGCGUUGAAGACAGGAUAUUCACCUAAAUUUAAACGUAUUUUAUUUAUUAUUAAUGUCGUAACUGUUGGCUAAAUCCUGGCCUGAUUUUCCCUAUGUGUGUGGACAUUUGAGGUUGCACGAGACCUCACCUGUGACACGUGCAGUCGGUCAUCUUCCAAGUUAAAGGAGGAAAAGAAGAAGUGAUGGAGAGGAAGAACGGAUUUUCUGCGGAUAGAAACAUCCUGUGUCUGUUUGAUGUGGACGGAACUCUUACAGCUCCAAGAGAGAAAAUCGACCCAAAGCUGGACGAGUUCUUCCAGGCUCUGAGGAGGAAAGUGAAGAUCGGCAUCGUGGGGGGGUCAGACUAUUCCAAGAUUGCAGAGCAGCUCGGGGAGGGGGAUGAUGUGAUACACAAGUUUGACUACGUGUUUGCAGAGAAUGGAACGGUGCAGUACAAAGACGGGAAGCUUCUCUCCAAACAUGCCAUUCAGAACCAGAUCGGCGAGGAGCUGCUGCAGGACCUGAUCAACUUCUGUCUGAGCUACAUGGGACUCAUCAAACUCCCAAAGAAAAGGGGGACGUUCAUCGAGUUCAGGAAUGGUAUGCUGAACAUUUCUCCCAUUGGUCGAAGCUGCACGCCGGAGGAGCGAAUAGAGUUCUCUGAAAUCGACAAAAGAGAGAAGAUCAGAGAGAAAUUUGUUGCUGCGCUGAAGAAGGAGUUUGCUGGGAAAGGUUUACGGUUUACUAAAGGAGGUCUGAUCAGCUUUGACGUGUUUCCUGAAGGCUGGGACAAGAGACUGUGCCUGGAGCUGCUGGAGAGCGAGGGGCUGGACGCCAUCUACUUCUUUGGAAAUGAGACAUCAGAUGGAGGAAAUGACUUUGAAAUCUUCAACGAUCCACGGACAAUUGGUUUCACAGUUUACUCUCCGAUGGACACGGCGAGGCUGUGUCGGGAACUCUUCUUUGAUGCUCCGCCUGUCGAGUCCUGACCUGCCCUCCUUUACCCACAAUCCCCUUGGAGGCCCCCUGCAGCUGGGUCUCUGAUAAAGGACUUAAAGAGACUGAAGUCCAGACUGUUUUAACUACUGAGAGGUACCACUACUGAUUUCUGCUUCUGAUUACUGUAAAUAGACUGACAGCAGCAGCUUCAGAUGAUUCUGCUGCUGUUUUUAAAGGGACAGUUACACGUUUGUAAUUUUAAAGAGACAGGUGUGUUUAAAUAUGAAGGUGUGUGUUUGAGUGCAGUUUCACAUCACUGCAGCAGACAUGUGUGACAUGAAAACAACCCAAAAGAGGUUAUCAGACGUGCUGCAGUGUUUAAAGAUGUUACUCCAUGUAAAUAGUACAGAAUGAUGUUUGCACUAAUGUUGUGAUCCUUUCAUACCACAUGAUGGUAGUUUUAUGAGUGAAACGCUGAGCUAGGGCUGGGCGAUAUGAACCAAAAAUAAUCUGGAUAUUUAUAUAAGCUGAAUGGUGAUGCAUGGGAUUUAUCUGGUAAUUGUUUUACUGUUGAUAAAUAACAAAUGGAUGAAAUAUAAACUUUGAGAUGGGUCUGGGAAAAAAACUAAAUGGAAAUCUGUUUGAUACCACUGCAACAAAAAUAGAAGUCCUAGAGAUCAAACAUCUGGCAAUUUUUACAAAACGUCAGACAUAGCACAGCAUCAAACACUCUGUCCACUGCAUCCAUUAAACAUUUACUCUCUGCCCUGGAAAAUUCAGGAUCCCCUUGUAAAAAAUACAAAUCAAGCACUUUUAUUUUGAAUGCAAAAAUAAAAGUGUGUUGCCUUGUAAUGGCAAGUCUUUGCCAGCUUUGGGUCGCAUAGUUUUGCAUCCGUGUUGACCUACGUCAGAGCGUGUAUCUAUUAUUAAUGCACAACUCUCUGCACUUUGUAACUCAAGCUGUGUUGGGUGAUGAAAGUUUAGGAUAACCAAAAUAAUUUUUCUGGUUGACACUCCUGGUUCUUUGUCAUUUCCUGCUUUCCUUGUUUCUUUCCCAUAAAAAUUAAAAAACCUUCAAUGGUUAGAGAUUUUUCUCAUCUGCCUUUGUAUAAUCAUCAUGAUAAAUAUAAUAAACACAAUUAGAAAAUAUGCAGACUUAUCGCUUGAAAUAGUUGUGAUUUAUAAACUUUCAUCACACUAACUUUAAUAUUUCAAAAUGGCUGAACAGUUUGGAUUACUGAUUCACUGGUCGGAUAAAAAAUGGAAAAGAAAAGAAUUUGGCUAUGUGGGACGAUAUAGUUGUGGGGCUCAUUCCACAUCCAGAAGCACAAUAGGCAUGGACAGAGAGUUGGAGAAGGAUCCAUAAGCCAGCUGCAGGGAGUGGCAGGGAGACGUCCCUGGCCCUGCCCCACCACCCUGAGAUGUUCCGGGAUUAAAGGGGCGAAAAUUCAGUGAGGGGUGGCUCCCAGCUGACAACCCUGCAGCGGGCCCACUGGCACCAUCGGAGGUGCGGCAGGAAGGAAAUGCCAGGCAGGAACACCCACCUGUGCUUACAUCAUGUUGGAAUAUUUCUCUCCUCCUUAUUUCCUCCUGUUUAUCACAUGAAUCAUCAGUUUGACACUGAAAAUUACUGUUUGGAUCAGUGCUAGUAGCGUUACAGUCUUAUUGAUCAUUUGUCUCAAUAAGCAGUAAACAGGUGCAUCACUUUAAUUGAAGCUGAUGCAAAGAAUUGUGGCUUGUCUUGUCAGCCUUUAUUAUGACUAACUCUAAAAUACUUCUGGGUCGUUUCACUCAGUUAGGAACCUUCCUAAGCAAAAAGGACUAUUCCAAGUCUUUAUAGUCCUUCUUUGUGCACUGGGCCACAGUCAUGUUGGAAUCAAAAAGAGCCUUCCCAAAACUGUUGCCACAAAGUUGGAAGCAUAGCAUUGUCCAAAAUAUAUUGGUAUGCUGAAGGAUAAAGACUUGCCUUCACUGGAGAUAAGGGGCCUAAGCCCUGCAAAACAGCCCCAUACAAUUAUCCCUCCUCCAUCAAACUCCAUGUGGAAUGUCCUUGGAGGUUGUGAACCCCGCUCUUUUGGCACUGUUGUUCCUAAACUCUUCCACGUUCUAGUAUUGUCACUUAAAGUUGACUGUGGAAUAUCCAACAGGGAUGAAAUUCCAUGAACCGUCAGAUCUGGAAAAGUGGCUACAACUGGCAAGAGGAAAGGGCCUUUGCUAUCUAGGUGGUGCUCUCUCUCCUGCUCCUUCCCAGUUCCACGAACUUUUCCAAAUGUUGUCAGUGUAUUUGUGCAAUUUAGACCGUGGGCAGAAGAUCACCAACAAUUUCUGAUACUUAAUAAACUAUUCACUAAUCGAGCGUCUUCGACUUCUAUUUUUGUUUGCUGUUAUCACAUAGUUGUCAAUGUCUUUUGAGUUUUACUCAUAAAUGCUCCUUAAAUAAAACAAAUAAAAUGAUAGCUCCCCAUUUAGCCUGAACAUUUCAAACUGAUUAUCUUGUCAGUAACACAGCUGGUGGUUCUUGCUGUAAACACUCUGAGCAACUGAGCAUUAAGUCUGGCAUUUUUUAAUAAGCAUCAACAUAAACCACAUAGACAUAAAUGGUGUUCUACCCUAUAUUUCAUUUGAAAAUAGGUUGAUAUAUCAUUAAAAACUCAUUAUUUUACCUAGCCCCACUCUGAGCUGAAGAGUUUAAAUCAUUCCACGUUUGUCCAUCUCUUCAGUAAAGAUUUUAUUUAAAGCUCAUCAUCAAGACUCCAUGAUUUUAUCUGAACCAGAGAGUUAAGCUACUGUGAGAGUCACAUCUCAAACUUCUACAAUUAAAUGUGAGGCUUUUUCAUGUAAAACACGUUAAUGACCUGUGACGAGUCCUGCUCAUAUCAAUGCUUUUGUUUUCCAAUCUCUGCUAAUAUUUUCAAGCAGAUAUUUCUUCUUCUGUAGAUUCUUGAAAGGUUUUCUGGGAAAAACUUUAAAUAAUGUUGAUGUUAACAUUAGAAAAGUAAUCUAUCCUUUCUGGUUCAUGAGAAUAUAAGACUUCGGUUCAUCAGAUAUCAGUUGCAGAUUAAUAUCAGACUGUUAACACUCCUUACCCUCUACAGAGAUGAGGUAGGACAGAGAAAACAACUUUUCUAUCAUCACUGAUUUGUACUCACUUUGUCAUUCAUUGAUGAAAAUGUACUUUAUGAUUGUAAUAAAACUUUAUUGACAAGGUU